AUGGCGGUGGACGCACAAGGAGAAUCGGGAAAUGUUCAAGGCGAAAAUGAUCAAGAUGGAGUUGAAGAUGGAAACAAUCAAACUGUAAAUAUACAAGAUGUGAAUGCGGCAGGAAAUGAUCAAGGUGGAGAUAAUCAAGGAGAAGCUAACCAAGGAGGAGAUAAUCAAGGAAGAGAUAAACAAGUUGGAGAUAGUCAAGGUGGAGAUAAUCAAGUCAAAACAGAUCAAGGCAACAAUGAUCAAGGUGUAGAUAAACAAGGUGGAAAUGAGGAUGGAAAUGUUCAAACUUUAAAUGUUCAAGGUGUGAAUGAGGGUGAAAAUAAUCAAGGUGGAGAUAAACAAGGAGGUGAUAAUCAAGGUGGAGAUAACCAAGGUGGAGAUAAUAAAGUUGGGGAUCAUCAAGAUGGAGAUAAUCAAGGUGGAAAUAAUCAAGGAGGAGAUAAUCAAGGUGAAAAUGAAGACGGAAAUGUUAAAACUGUAAAGGUUCAAGAUGGCAAUAAACAAGGUGGAGAUAAUCAAGGUGGAGAUAAUCAAGGUGGAGAUAAUCAAGAUGGAGAUGGUAAAGGUGAAAAAGAAGAUGUAAAUGUUCCAACUGUAAAGAUUCAAGGUAGAGAUAAACAAGGUGGCGAUAAUAAAGGUGGAGUUAAUCAAGGUGGAAAUAACAAAGGAGGAGAUAAUCAAGGUGGAGAUAACCAAGGAGGGGAUAAUCAAGGUGGAGAUAAUCAAGAUGGAGAUAAUCAAGAUGGAAAUAAAGAUGGACUUGUUGAAACUUUAAAGGUUCAAGGUGUGAAUAAGGGUGGAAAUGAUCAAGGUGAUGGUAAACAAGUUGGAGAUCAUCAAAGUGUAAAAAAUCAAGGAGGAGAUAAUCAAGGUGGAGAUAAUCAAGGAGGAGAUAAUCAAGGUGGAGAUAAUCAAAGAGGUGAUAAUCAAGGCGGAAAUAAUCAAGGAGGAGAUAAUCAAGGUGGAAAUAAUCAAGGUGGAAAUAAUCAAGGUGGAAAUAAUCAAGGUGAAAAUGAAGACGGAAAUGUUCAAACUGUAAAGGUUCAAGGUGUGAAUGAGGGUGGAAAUGAUCAAGGUGGAGAUAAACAAGGUGGAGAUCAUCAAGGUGGAGAUAAUCAAGGUGGAGAUAAUCAAGGUGGAGAUAAACAAGGUGGAGAUAAUCAAGGUGGAGAUAAUCAAGGUGGAAACAAGCAAGGAGGAAAUAAGCAAGGUGGAAAUAAUCAAGGUGGAGAUAAUCAAGGUGGAAACAAGCAAGGAGGAAAUAAGCAAGGUGGAAAUAAUCAAGGAGGAGAUAAUCAAGGUGAAAAUGAAGACGGAAAUUUUCAAACUGUAAAGGUUCAAGGUGGAGAUAAACAAGAUGGAGAUAAUCAAGGUGGAGAUGAUCAAGGUGGGGAUAAUCAAGGUGGAAAUAACCAAGGAGGAGAUAAUCAAGGUGGAAAUAAUCAAGGUGGAGAUAAUCAAGGUGAAAAUGAAGACGGAAAUGUUCAAACUGUAAAGGUUCAAGGUGUGAAUGAGGGUGGAAAUCAUCAAGGUGGAGAUAAUCAAAGUGUAAAAAAUCAAGGAGGAGAUAAUCAAGGUGGAGAUAACCAAGGUGGAGAUAAUCAAGGUGGAAGUAAUCAAGGAGGAAAUGCGCAAGGUGGAAAUAUUCAAGGAGGAGAUAAUCAAGGUGAAAAUGAAGACGGAAAUGUUCAAACUGUUAAAGUUCAAGGUGGAGAUAAACAAGAUGGAGAUAAUAAAGGUGGAGAUAAUCAAGAUGGAGAUGAUCAGGGUGGGGAUAAUCAAGGUAAAGAUGAUCAAGGGGGAGAUAAUCAAGGUGGAGAUAAUCAAAGUGUAAAAAAUCAAGGAGGAGAUAAUCAAGGUGGAGAUAAUCAAGGUGGAAAUAAUCAAGGAGGAAAUAAUCAAGGUGGAAAUAUUCAAGGAGGAGAUAAUCAAGGUGAAAAUGAAGACGGAAAUGUUCAAACUGUAAAGGUUCAAGGUGUGAAUGAGGGUAGAAAUCAUCAAGGUGGAGAUAAUCAAAGUGUAAAAAAUCAAGGAGGAGAUAAUCAAGGUGGAGAUAAUCAAAGUGUAAAAAAUCAAGGAGGAGAUAAUCAAGGUGGAGAUAAUCAAGGUGGAAAUAAUCAAGUAGGAAAUAAUCAAGGUGGAAAUAUUCAAGUAGGAGAUAAUCAAGGUGAAAAUGAAGACGGAAAUGUUCAAACUGUAAAGGUUCAAGGUUUGAAUGAGGGUGGAAAUCAUCAAGGUGGAGAUAAUCAAGGUGGGGAUAAUCAAAGUGUAAAAAAUCAAGGUGGAGAUAAUCAAGGUGGAAAUAAUAAAGGUGGGGAUAAUCAAGGUAAAGAUGAUCAAGUUGGAAAGAUCAAGGUGGAGAUCAAAAUGGAAAUGACCAAUGAGAAAAUUAAAAAAGAACAUGAUCGUGUUGGAAAGGAAGAUAUAGCGCCACAGUAA